AUGUGCUGGCGAACACCGCCAGAAUCAGCACCGCACAAAAGCUCGCAAGCUGCGUGCGCAUUCAACUCGCUUCCGAACUUCGGAAGGAGCCCUUGCGUCAGCUGCUUUCGCGACAACGGCGCAGCCUUCCACGGUGUUCUAGACGAGAGCCCGAAACCGCAUCCCGACCGGAUGGCCGCCGCCUCUCCUCCGCUCCGCGAGUUCACCUUCGCGGAGCUACACGCGGCGACGGAGGGGUUUUCGGACUUACUGGGGGAAGGCGGGUUCGGGAAGGUGUACCGCGGGCGGAUGGUGCUGCCUGUCGGCGGAAGCAGCGUCAGUGAUGGCGGAAACAGCGUUGAUGUCGCUGGUUACGUUGGUGAAUUAGAGACGGAGGUGGCGGUGAAAGUGAUGAAAGGAAUUCCUGCGGAGUAUGAAAGAUUCAGCGCUGAGAUGGUAGCCAGUUCAUCAAUAAAUCAUCCCAACGUGUUGAGGUUGGAAGACGUGGCGCUCAACCCGGAAAAGAGGCCGCUUUUCGUGUAUGAGCUGGCCUAUUUAGGCGACCUCGAGACUUAUCUCACACGAGUCCGCAGAAACGAAGACUGGUUUCCGUGGAAGGAUCGAGUGAAGGUUGCGCUGGGGUGUGCCAAGGCUCUGGCUGUCAUUCACGAAAAGAUGCUCAUUCACGGCGAUUUUAAGCCUUCAAGGGUGCUUCUGCGGCAGGAUCUCACUCCGGUGGUGGCCGGCGUUGGUGUGAAUCGUGCCGUCGAGGAAUGGGAUAUACGCGUGCCAUCAGCAGAGAUCAGCACACCGGGCUACAUUGAUCCCAACUAUGUUCAUACAGGCAAAAUACGCCAGGCAACUGACAUAUAUUCGUUCGGUGUGUUCCUUUUAGAGCUGAUAUUCGGCUAUGACCCAUUGGACAAAAGGUUUGAAGAGCUGAAAAAGGUGGUCAGCCGCGAGGAUUUUAACGACCCUUCGUUGGUUACCGACCCGGCCAUUGAGGGGGAGUGGAAUAAGGUGCAUGUUCUUAAAAUGAUUCUUCUGGCUCGCUUUGCCACUUUCCCCGACCUAGUGAGACGACCUAAAAUGGGGGAUAUCGUUGCAAAACUUAAGGGUAUGAGUGUAAUCUCCGGUCACCGGUAG